AUCUGGUCAGGUCUACCACGGAGAGUACCUUUCCGGUCCUUUUCACACUCUUUCAACUCUCCGGUACUCCGUCUCAGCCUGACUCUUCUUUCCAUCACCAACGACGCCAGUGGCGCUCCCCGCAUCGUCUUAUCAUCCCCCUUGCUUGGCCGUCCAACCAGACUGCCGCCUUCGGUCGCGAUGAGUCCGCUGAUUUUGCCUCGUCCCAUCUUUGACUUUUUCUGUUUAUCGCGCUGAGGAUGUAACCAUAAUCCUGUCGCUUAUAACUGUCCGCCCCUCCCUCCUUCUCAUCCUCUAGAACGUUUCUUCCUCUCACCCAAACAAUUGCCGUCGCCAUGGCCCCUGAAAAGUCAAUAUCCGAGGCCCCCUACCCCGUCGAGUCCGCCGGCGAUGGGAAGUCUGGCACCAUGCAGGCCAUGAUCGAGGCCGACCUGCUGGACGAGCGAUACAAAGUCACCCAGCGCGGCCUCAAGAACCGCCACGUGCAGCUGAUGGCCCUGGGUGGCACCAUCGGCACCGGUCUCUUCGUGGGAUCCGGUCAGGCAUUGAACAUCGGCGGACCCUUAUCCCUACUACUGGGUUAUAUUUUUAUUUCGGCCCUCGUCUACGCCCUCGUCACCGGUAUCGCAGAAAUCGGCGCCUACCUCCCCGUCCACGGCGGCACCAUGUCCUACCACGGCUUCCGCUACGUCUCGCGCAGUCUCGGCUUCGCCAUGGGAUAUCUAUACUGGUACUCGCUGGGAAUUCUGGUGCCGUACGAGAUCGUCGCCGCAUCCAUGGUGAUCGAGUACUGGGACGCCGGCGUGCACCUAGCCGUCUGGAUCACCAUCAUGCUGGUUGUCAUUGUGCUGCUGAACUUCCUGCCCGUGCGCUUCUACGGCGAGACCGAGUUCUGGUUCUCCGGCAUCAAGAUCAUCACGCUGAUCGGUCUGUUGUUGCUUUCUUUCAUUCUCUUCUGGGGCGGCGGGCCGAACCGUCAACGCCUUGGAUUCCACUACUGGAAGGAAUACGGCGCCAUGAACACCUAUCUCGUGUCCGGCGACGCCGGCCGCUUCGUCGGUCUCCUGCAGUGCAUCGUUAAGAGCGCCAUCGCAUUCAUCUUCGCGCCCGAGCUCAUCAUCAUCUCCGGCGGCGAGAUGGAAUCCCCGCGCCGCAACGUCCCCGUCGCCGCCCGCCGCUACAUCUACCGCCUCGUCUUCUUCUACAUCCUCGGCGCCCUCGCCAUCGGCGUCAUCUGCUCCUCGCAAGCCGACGCCAUCGUCUACGGCUCCGGCACCGACGCCUCCUCCUCGCCGUUCGUCGUCGCCAUCGCCAACGCCGGCAUCCCCGUGCUCGACUCCAUCGUCAACGCCGCCAUCCUCACCUCCGCCUGGUCCGCCGGCAAUUCCUUCCUUUACAUGUCCUCCCGCUCGCUCUACUCCCUCGCCGUCUCCGGAAACGCCCCCUCCGUCUUCAAAACCUGCAACCGCUGGGGCGUGCCCUGGCUCGCAGUAUCCGUAUCCUCCCUCUUCUCCCUCCUCGCCUACCUCGCCGUCUCCAACGGCUCCAACACUGUCUUCAACUGGCUCAUCAACUUCACCAACACCUCCGGCUUCAUCUCCUGGAUCUGCUGCGCCAUCGUCUACUUCCGCUUCAACCGCGCCAUUUCCACCCAAGGCGUCGAAAAGCCCUACUCCUCCAUCAUGCAGCCCUACGGCAUGUACAUCGGCCUCGCCGGCGCGCUCUUCCUCGCCCUCAUCAACGGAUUCACGUGCUUCUUCCCGUCCGAGUGGUCCGCGAGUAACUUCUUCACGGCGUACAUCGGCAUCCCGGCGUUCCUGGUGCUGUAUCUGGGCCAUAAGGCGGUGUUCUGGUCGGACCCGUGGGCCUGGAGACCGCAGGAUGUCGACCUGCAGACCGGGUUGGCGGAGAUCGUGGCGGCCGAAAAACCGCCCCGCCCGAGGGAUACGUGGUGGAAGAAGGUGAUGGCGCUGGUGGAGUGAUUUUUUCUUGCCUUUGAAUUUAUGAUUCUCGCGUUUGCGGGGUGGAUAUACCCGAUAGUACAUAGUGCCUUGCGGGGAGGGUCGGAAGGGGAGAAAGCUGGAAUACUAGUAAUUCCAAUGGAAUUAAAUCACGUCGAAUCGAUUCAAAUCGAUCAUUUAUGGCUAGUAGUGGG